CGCUGGCGGGCCGUGAUGGCGGCGGGUGAUGGGGACGUGAAGCCAGGCACCCUGGGGAGCGGCAGCGAGCGCGGCGGCGACGGCAGCGGCGGGAGCCCGGGCGCGGCGGGCGCGGCGGGCGCGGCGGGCGCGGCGGCCGAGGGGGGCGGCUGGGCGGCGGCCGCGCUGGCGCUCCUGGCGGGGGGCGGGGAGAUGCUGCUGAACGUGGCGCUGCUGGCGCUGGUGCUGCUGGGGGCCUACCGGCUGUGGGCGCGCUGGGGGCGCCGGGCGCGGGGCGCGGGCGCGGGCGCGGGCGAGGAGAGCCCCGCCGCCGCCCUGCCCCGCAUGAAGAAGCGGGACUUCAGCCUGGAGCAGCUGCGCCAGUACGACGGGGCCCGCACCCCGCGCAUCCUGCUCGCCGUCAAUGGGAAAGUCUUCGACGUGACCAAGGGCAGCAAGUUCUACGGCCCCGCGGGUCCCUAUGGGAUAUUUGCUGGUAGAGAUGCCUCCAGGGGACUGGCCACCUUCUGCCUAGAUAAGGAUGCACUCAGAGAUGAGUAUGAUGACCUCUCAGACCUGAACGCAGUACAAAUGGAGAGUGUUCGAGAAUGGGAAAUGCAGUUUAAAGAAAAAUAUGAUUAUGUAGGCAGACUCCUCAAGCCAGGAGAAGAGCCAUCAGAAUAUACAGAUGAAGAAGAUACCAAGGAUCACAAUAAACAGGAUUGAACUUUGCAAACCACCAAAGUCAGGGGCCUUCAGAACUGCAAUUCUUACUCCUUUUCACAGAAUGUCUGGUGUCGCUGGGUCAGAUUCACCUGCUGUGAAAAGAACAUUCAACAGAUUGUAUACAAGAUAAAUGAGUCUCGCUGUGAAGAUCUGAAAACUGGACAUUAUGCUGCCAAACUCAUUUGUUGUGGUUGUUUGUAAUGUCUGGUGGGGGCUUCAUCAUCCUGAGAAGAUGACAGGGAUUUCUUAAAUGGCAAGGAAGUCAUGAGGCUACUUUUAGCAUCUCUCACUCGCUCACUCUCCUCUUCCUCUUCCUCUCCCUCUCCCUCUCUCCUCUUCUUGUCUGUCUCUCCCUCCAUCCUUGAAUUUAAAAAAAAAAAUGUAUUGAAGACAACCAGAUAUGUAUUUGCUACUCAAAACAACAACAAAAAACAGCAAGGGACUCAUUUCACUGCUGUUUUUUUUAUUUUAGCACUGAGGGAUAAGAAGACAUGGCCAGGGGCUUAAGUCGUUUAGGCUACUGAAACAUUAAAAUGUGAGUUCCCAAACUUCUCUUUGGGCUUUGUCAAGGAAGGAUAAAAAUAAAACUUAUUUCUAAGAAUCCGGUGGAAAUGAGAAUGGGUUUCAGGUGGACUGAAAUCAAAGCAAUUCCCUAACUGAGAUCAUUUGAAACUAGUUUUAUCCCUUCUGUUCCUUCCCCUAGGUCAAAUCAAUAUUAAUUGUGCCUUAUUUCACUUCCAUAAACUUGAAUUAUUUUUAGGGAAAGCCCCUAUGUGAAUUCUGAAGUCACUACAAGCAGCAUUGAGACUGAAGUUGGAAUGUUCUAUUGACUGCAAAACCUUGAAGUCAUUCUGUGUACAUAGAAUGUAAAAGGAAUAUUCAGUGUUAACUGCCACAUGUUAAUAUACACAAACUUAAUUAGCAUUGUAAUGGCCAAAUGCAUUGCUUUUCU